AUGUCGAGAAAAACAUCACUCUCCACUAGUAAUAUCCGAAAAAAUAAACUAUUAUUCUCGACUGAUGAUGGUAUUAUCGUCCGUAAUCUGACAGUUAUUAAAAAAACAGAAGAAAAGAAUGUGCAGACCGAUUUACGAAUGGCAGAUAUCGAUAGUGCUACGCCGAAAGGUACUGAUAUGUCUGAAUUCGUUAUACGUCCUGCCUCUUCUGCUGAAGCUGAAUCCAAUGCGGCCGAUGAUGUAUCUUCCAGUUCGAGUGAAAACCGGUUCGAUAUUUCAUCAUUUCGAUUAAAUAACACUAUGUGUACUGAAUAUACUGUUGAUACUCUUACAAGUGAUGGCCGAGAUAUUUUAUAUAGUUCAGAAAAAUCAAAUGUACUUGUCUAUCGGGAUUCUGAAGAAGAUUUUGAAACAACUUAUGCGUGGUAUUAUUCAUUCAUUUUUGACAUGAUUUGGUUGUCUUCAAAUGUCAAUGCACAUUUGUGUACAACACUUGAUGGUAUUCACGCCGUUCGAUUUCACAAUAUGUUUAUUCGUGGUUUUAAUGCUGUUAUGGAAACUGUUAUGGAAACUUAUGUAGCAGCACCAUCAUUUAUGACAAAACAAAAUCGUAUAUUAAAUGAUUAUUCUAGAAAAAUUCAACCAGAAAUUAACAAAUAA